GCUAGGAGACGGGACCCCACGGGAGGGAGGGAGUGGGGAGAGUGAGUGUUGUAUGUGUGGCUUGGAUCUGUUGUGGGUGUGGGGAGAAGAAGACUCGUUCCCUUCCAGAGGAGGGCGGAUGAGGCAGGAAAUCCGCUCCAGCAGCAACAGUGGAAUUGAAAAAAGCAGUCUGCAAGUUAUUUUUUUCUCUCUCUUCUUGGGGGUUUGCAAAGGCCGUGAGUCUGGCUUGAAAUGACCAGCGACUAGCGACUCGGAUCAUUAACUACUUGCUGGCCGCAGCGCUGAGAACCGCGGGGACUCGGACACAAGGCGCCUUGUACAUUUCACCCUCGUUUAAAGGUGGAAGCCCCUUUAAAUCCGACUGGGGAAAGAAGAAAUCUCCCGUUGUUCAGCGGCUCCUGGCUGGUAAAUAUUACAAACACUCUCCUCCAUCGUUGUGGCUCACGAAGCAAACCGACCGAACCCGGAGUUACCACAAAGUUGGGAUCAAUCGAGGUCAGUGACGUUACCCAGUGCCUGUUGGCAUGUCAUCAUUGCAAAGUUAUAACUUCCACUUUGGCUAUCGUUUGGGCCCAAAUCUGAGGUAACCUGAUGCUAUGAAGCUGUGUAGCGAUAAACUAGUCGAGGAGGAGAGGCGAUUGAUAGCCAAUAACCGUGAAUACAAUGAAAAGUUUGAGUACGCUAGUAACCGCAUCAAGACCUCAAAAUACAACGUUAUCACAUUUCUGCCUAUUAACCUGUUCGAGCAGUUCCAGCGGGUCGCCAAUGCAUACUUCUUGUUCCUCUUGCUCUUACAGUUAAUCCCGCAUAUCUCAUCGCUUUCCUGGUUCACCACGAUAGUGCCUUUAGUAUUGGUGUUAACAAUCACAUCGGUCAAAGAUGCCACAGAUGACUAUUUUCGCUACAAGAGUGAUAAUCAAGUCAACAAUCGACAGUCUCAGGUGCUCAUCGAUGGCAAGCUGCAGAACGAGAAGUGGAUGAAUGUUCGGGUCGGAGAUGUCAUCAAAUUGGAAAAUGAUCAGUUUGUGGCAGCAGAUAUCUUGGUGCUCUCGAGCAGUGAACCUCACGGACUCAGUUACGUCGAGACGGCUGAGCUCGAUGGGGAAACCAACUUAAAAGUCCGACAGGCACUGACAGUCACGUCAGAGCUCGGUGCAGACAUGAGCCGAUUGGCAGAAUUUGAUGGCGAGAUCAUUUGCGAGCCGCCCAACAACAAACUGGACAAAUUCACCGGGACUCUGUUUUGGAAAGACAAGAAAUAUUCACUUAAUAAUGAAAAGAUGCUUCUUCGAAGCUGCGUUCUGCGAAACACAGAGUGGUGCUUUGGUCUGGUUAUCUUUGCAGGACCCGAUACCAAGCUAAUGCAGAACAGCGGGCAUACCAAAUUGAAACGAACAAGUAUAGACCGUCUGAUGAACACCUUGGUCCUGUGGAUCUUUGGCUUUCUCAUCUGCAUGGGAACCAUUUUAGGAAUUGGAAAUUCCAUAUGGGAUAACGAAGUUGGAAUUAAAUUCCGCAGCUACCUGCCCUGGGACCUAUGGAUAAAAAACCCAAUUUUUUCUGGAUUUCUUAGUUUCUGGUCAUACGUAAUUAUCCUGAACACAGUUGUGCCAAUUUCGCUUUAUGUCAGCGUUGAAGUCAUCAGACUUGGACAUAGUUACUUCAUAAACUGGGAUCGGAAGAUGUACUUUGCACCGAAAAACACUUCAGCAGAGGCACGGACCACAACUCUUAAUGAGGAGCUGGGCCAAAUAGAAUACAUCUUUUCAGACAAAACAGGAACACUGACGCAGAAUAUCAUGAUUUUCAACAAAUGCUCAAUAAAUGGGAGAGCCUAUGGAGAUGCCUAUGAUGAACUGGGCGGUAAAAUGGAGAUCUCUGAGAAAACCUGCCCGGUGGAUUUUUCAUUCAACAGUCUAGCAGAUAACAAGUUCAGGUUUUAUGACAGCAGCCUGGUGGAGGCGAUAAAGCUGGGAGAUCCGUCAGUGCACGAGUUUUUCAGGCUGCUCGCUCUCUGCCACACGGUCAUGUCAGAGGAAAAAAGCGAAGCUGAACUUUGUUACCAGGCGCAGUCGCCCGAUGAAGGGGCCUUGGUCACCGCUGCAAGGAACUUUGGUUUUGUCUUUCGAUCUCGAACCCCAGAAACCAUCACCAUUAACGAGAUGGGUAAACCGGUUGUCUACCGCCUGCUGGCCAUCUUGGACUUCAACAAUGUGCGGAAGAGGAUGUCUGUGAUAGUUCAAAAUCCUGAAGGGCAAAUAAGACUUUACUCAAAGGGAGCUGAUACCAUAUUGUUUGAAAGGCUUCAUCCAUCCAAUGAAGAAUUGAUGUAUGUGACCUCGGAUCACCUCAGUGAAUUUGCAGGGGAGGGACUGCGGACGUUGGUGCUUGCCUACAGGGACCUGGAUGAAGCUUACUUCAAUAAGUGGCAGAAAAUGCACUACCAUGCCAGCACCGCUCUGGAGAACCGUGAUGAACAGCUGUCCGCGUUGUACGAGGACAUUGAGCAGGACCUGAUGUUAUUAGGAGCAACUGCAGUGGAAGACAAACUACAGGAAGGAGUUUCUGACACAAUUGCCAACCUCACCCUGGCCAACAUCAAGAUUUGGGUACUGACUGGAGACAAGCAAGAGACGGCGGUGAACAUUGGUUACUCGUGCAACAUGCUAACAGAUGACAUGAAUGAAAUAUUCAUAAUAUCUGGCCGCACAGUUCUCGAAGUCCGUGAAGAAAUUCGAGCAGCGAGAGAGCAAAUGCUGGGGAAACCUAUUUGCAAUGGACACAUUUUCCCUGAAAAGAAUGGACCGUCGCAGUUGAGAUCGGUGGUUGAAGAGACCGUGGUGGGAGACUUUGCGCUGAUUAUUAACGGGCACAGUUUAGCACAUGCACUGGAGGCAGACAUGAAGCAGGAGUUCCUGAACUUAGCCAGCAUGUGCCGGACCGUGAUUUGCUGCAGGGUCACGCCGCUGCAGAAGGCUCAGGUGGUGGAACUUGUCAAAAUGUACAAGAAAGCUGUCACCUUGGCGAUAGGUGACGGAGCAAAUGAUGUCAGCAUGAUUAAAACUGCACACAUCGGAGUGGGCAUCAGCGGUCAGGAAGGCAUGCAGGCCGUUCUGGCCAGUGACUACUCCAUUGGACAGUUCAGAUACCUCCAAAGACUUUUGUUGGUCCAUGGGAGAUGGUCCUAUCUACGGAUGUGCAGGUUCCUCUACUACUUUUUCUACAAGAACUUUGCAUUCACCCUCGUUCACUUCUGGUUUGGUUUCUUCUGUGGCUUCUCUGCGCAGACUGUGUAUGAUCAGUGGUUUAUAACUCUGUACAACAUAGUUUACACAUCCCUUCCGGUGCUGGCCAUGGGUAUAUUUGAUCAGGAUGUCAAUGAACAGAAGAGUCUGGUAUACACAAGGCUCUAUGAACCUGGACAACUGAAUCUGCUUUUCAAUAAGCGGGAGUUCUUUAUCUGCAUCAUCCAUGGAGUCUACACGUCUAUUGUCCUGUUCUUUGUUCCAUACGGAGCAUUUUGUGAUUCAACAAGGGAUGAUGGGCAGCAUCUUUCAGAUUAUCAGUCGUUUGCGGUUACCGUGGCAACAUCCCUAGUGAUGGUAGUCAGCGUGCAGAUUGGGCUUGAUACUAGCUAUUGGACAGCGGUCAAUCACUUCUUCAUAUGGGGCAGUGUGAUGGUUUAUUUUUCCAUCUUGUUUGCGAUGCAUAGUAACGGACUCUUCUCGAUAUUUCCAGGCCAAUUUCCGUUUGUUGGAAAUGCUCGGAAUUCCCUGAUCCAUGUCACUGUGUGGCUGAUUAUAAUCGUAACCACGGUGAUGUGCAUCAUUCCAGUGGUGGUGUUCAGGUUCCUGAAAUUGGAUUUGAAACCAAGCUUAAGUGACAAGGUGCGAUACAUGCAACGCGCAAGGAAGAAACUACGGCCGACCACGCACCGCAUGCGGCGAGUGAACCGCACCAGUUCGCGGAGGUCGGGCUACGCCUUCGCUCACCAGGAAGGCUUUGGCGAGCUGAUCACUUCAGGACGCAACAUGCGCUUCAAUAACCCGUCGCCGGCCUUGACCGGCAGGUUCAUGCUGAGCAGCAGCAGCUGGAUCGAGAACCUGCGGAAGAAGACGACGGAUGCCGUCAGCAUGAACAGCAGCGAGAAAAAUGUAAAACAGUAGGGCCACAGCUCUGCAGCAGAAAGGGUGCUUCUCCUCACUUUAAACCUGCCCAUGGUGUACACUGCGCUGCAGAGCUCGAUAGAGCUUGAACCAAUCACCUGGUGAAAAGGCACAGUGGAGCCAUGGCAUAUUAAUGUUAUAAAGCUGCCCGCUGAUUAUAGUUACAAGGUGGACUCUCUCCUCUCUGGCAAGAUGGUUAACAAUGGUUCAAUGGUUAGAAUACCUUCUGCUGUGAACGUGGGGAUGAACGGACGUCCAGUUGAAGCACUUGUUCGUAUAACCGUUGACAUCCCCAUUACGGCACAAGCUUGUGUUCCUACGCUGUAAAUAUUUUUUUACCCUUUUUGGUCAACAAAACAUUUUUUUAUAAAUCGAAACAAACAAUGGUUGCAAUGAUUCAUGCUGCUCAACCUAAAUAGAUGUUUGCAAGCAAGAUCACAGAGCUUUUGAAAAUGGAGGAUUUACUUUGCAACGUAUAUGUAAUAUAAAUCUCUUUUUUUUCACUUCAGGGCCCAAUUUAUAUUGUAUUCUGUCUAAGAAUGUUACUCUGUGGUCCUGUAGCUGUGCCCUCAUUUGAGGAACUAGUGCCUUUUCAAGGUCUCCUUUCACGAGGAGACAAUUGAUUUAUAUCUGAAUGUAUGUAUAUUUUUUUGAAAACCUUACUCUGCAAUUACAAACACCUACUGCUUUUGACGGUUCGGUAAACAGUCACAUUUUCACGAUCUUUCUUCAGUGAAAUACAAUGGUAACCCAUGCAAAUUGUUGGAGUAUAUCUGCAAUACGUUUUCUCCAAGCCAGUGCUCGAUUCAGUUAUUCCGUAGAUUAGGAUCACAUUUUUUCCGAAAUGGAAAAACCAAAGCGGGAAUGUCUGUUUUAAGACUUUUGGACUCAUUUAUCUGCUUGCUGUUUUUCUUCCCUCGUUCAAAUGCAUCGUUACUCCGAUGCUGCUUUUAAUUUCCAGUUAUGUUUUUAUUUCCCAUUUCCAUCCUCGAGAGGGUUUUGCUUUCCAGUCAAUUACUCAAGAAAAGGGAAAACACACUCCCUUGACAUCAGUCUGAAGAAGGGACUUGACCCAAAACGUCACCCAUUUCCUUCUCUCUAGAAAUGCUGCCUGUCCCGCUGGGCUACUCCAGCUUUUUCUGUCUAUACUCGAGAAAAGGAUUGACUUUGUGUUGAAAACAAACUGUUUCUUUUUUUAUUGCUGUGUGGCAAAUUUGGGAGGCAAAAUGUCCUCAGGAUCUUGAGAUGCAUAGCACCAUGUAAUUGGGGUCUUGACAUAAAACCAACGCAUUGAAGUUAUCGCAUUACUCAUUUUAAGCACUUUUGCAAUCUCCUGUACACUCUCCCAAUUCCUGAUCACUGGGAAAAGAAGGACAAACCUGUGGUUCCAUUCGUGCUCCUGUUUUCAAUAUACUUCUCCGCUUACAGUAUCAUUUGCACAUGAAUGUUUUAGUAACAUUUGGAUGGGAACAUGGAUCGGACAGGUUUCGAGGGAUAUGGACCAAACACAGGCAGGCGGGACUAGUGUAGAUGGGGCAUGUUGGCCGGUGUGGGCAAGUUGGGCCGAAGGGCCUGUUUCCACGCUGUAUCACUCUACGACUGUGAGCUGACUUGUCACUUUGUCAUAUCAUUGUUUUCACUCUUUAUCCUCCAGAGCCUUACGAAUUCUCAAUCACAUCAUCUCAAACAAUUGAGGAAGGUUUAGUGCUGAGGCCUUGCCUGGUGUAAAUCAACCUCUGACUCUUACGGGACAAAAAUGCUAUAAGAAUUGAAGAGACAAAAAGGGUCUAUGCAUCAAUUCAACACAACAGCCUUAAAUCAAUCAUUUCUUAUUAUCUCUAUAACUGACCAACUGAAUUCAAUCCUUUAAUCGUGACAAAACUGCCAUGUCUAUAUGCAAAUUUAUGUACUCUGUGCUUACUGGUAACAAAUUAUAUAUUGUAAUCCUUUGUUUUAUUAGUUCAGGUCUCACAAAAAUAAUGUCUAGUAGAUUACAAAAUAUCAGUAUCAUCUUGAACUGUAGAAGGGUUUCCGACCUUGUUAUUUUGAAUCUAAGAUAUUUAUUUAAGUGGCACAACUUGUCAAACUUCUCCGGGGUAAACUUGUUCAAAAUGUAGUUUUUAUUUGAUGCAGCACAUCAGAUGAUCUGCUAACUACUUUGUAAAGAGAAUUAUAAUCCUUCCCUGUUCAGGUAGUUUUCGUUAAGCAAAAUAUUAUUGCAGCACUCUAGUGAAGAAAUUAAUGCUGAAGGAACUUACUGGGUCUCGACCCGAAACGUCACCCAUUCCUUCUCUCCAGAGAUGCUGCCUGUCCCGCUGAGUUGCUCCAGCAUUAUGUGUCUCUCUUCGGUUUAAACCAGCAUUUCCAGUUAUUUCCUAAACAGAGUUCUUCGAUAUUCCAUCAUCUGCAGCCUGCAUUUCGUGAAGAAUUUAGAUUGACAUGUGUCUAAAAAUACCGCUGGUACUAAAGAUUCCAAGUUCCGUAUGAUCUGCCAUUUUUGGGCUAAGCAAGUGCAGCAAACUCUCAUGGGUCACAGUUGAUUCCAUCAGCUUCUUUCAUUGUUAAUUUGCUUCUUAUCUUCAGCCUUAUAUGAUACUUAUAACUUGUUUUCUAUUCUUAAAAUUAUAUAUUUUGAAUACUAUUUUCUUGUUAGUUCAGUGUUUGAUGCUUUGAAGUGCUUUUGUACUUUCCUGUUUCAGAGUCUGUUGAUGGCUCGGUUUGUUAUUGAGCAGGUUUUUUUCCCAUUUCGCUCCACAUUCCCACUUCAGUUCACAUUCCGUCUGAAACUCCUCUUCCAGUAACUGAUGCCCACUGCGAUUGUCCGACCAGUGGUCUACCAGACAAGAGAAAACUUUAUUUCUUUGAAGAUCCUUGCGCUGCGCUUGAGAUGAAAUUCUUCAGUUUAUUCUCUCAAAUCAAUUUGAGAGAAUAAACUGAACUUCCAGAACAGAAUUGAAUCUCGUUCAGUCAGGGCAGCACAGCAGUAGAGCUGCUGCCUCAUAGCGCCAGAGACCCGGGUUCAAUCCUGACUAUGGAUGCUGUCUGCAGGGUUUGUAUUUUCUCCCUGCGACCACGUGUGUUUUCUCCAGGUGCUCUAUGUUCCACCCACACUACAAAGACUUACAAGUUUGUAGGUUAAUUGACCUCAUAUUCCAUUUGAGUAACCAUCAAUCCAAAGGUAUGAACAAUUAAUUUUCCAAUUUUAGGCAAACAAAUCCCUAUUUUCCCUCCCUUCCCUGUGCCCAUUUGUCCCUUUCCACUUACUCCAUCCUCAACCACCUACAUUCCUUCCUCUGACUUCACAUUUCACACCUCUUCCAUCCUUAUUGCCCUAUCUCACACUCUUUGUCUUUUCAUCUCAAGCCUUUGUCCAAUCAAAGUCCCCUUUCACCUGCAUCCACCUUUCACUCCCCAGGCUUUGCUCCACCCCCUAUCUCUCUCCCAGCUUUCUCUCCCCUGCUCCAAUCAGUCUGAAGAAGGGUCUCGACCAAAAACGUCACCUAUCCAUGUUCUCCAGAGGUGCUACUUGACCUGCUGAGUUACUCUAGCGCUCUGUGUCUUUCUGGUAAACCAAUAUCUGCAGUUCAUGGUGUCUAAACAAUCUAAUGCCUUUAUCAUACUACGUUGGAAUAUGCAACAGAAAACAAAAGCGAGCUUUGAUCUUCAUAUUGUUCUUGUGAGAUAACUGGCCCUCGUAACAAUGGGUGGAAAUUUGCCAAGGAAUGAUAUGCAACAUGAUCUCAGUAGUAUUAAUGGGAAACGAGUUAUUAUAAUUUGUUAAAGAUUGAGUAAUGAUGUUCCCGAGGACACUAAAAUAACUCCUUGCUUUUCAAGGGUUAGUUAAUAGUGCAGUUGUUUUUGGAUGUAUUCCUACAAAGACAGAUGAGAGUUUACAUCACAGCCUGAUGUGAAAAACAUUGCAGCAUUCGCUCAGUUCUGCAAUUAAAACAUAGUACAAAUAAUGCACUAAAUCUCUACAGUGAAUUUGAACCCUGGACGGUCUGGCUCAAGUCUUUUGCCACUAAAUUAAAGACAAUACUAUUUAAUUUCUAAUUGUCUUACUGUGUAUCCCACAUGUUUGGAUACUGUCAGUUAUAUCACAAUAUCCUGCAUGCAGUUUAGGCUGCAGUUUCAAAUUCACUUACAAAAGUAUAAGGUAUUUCACAUUCAUGUCUACUGCUAAAUAUUAAUGAGGUCAUGAAAUGAACAGUCCUUUCAGCACUAAUCUGUCAAGGAAACCUUUUCCCUCUUUGGCAGCUUAGGAUUCAAUGUAAACCCAAUAUCACAUAUAUUCUCUUCCGAACUGCACAGUAAUUAGCACUGAUUUCCGCAUAAAUAUUUAUUGUUAUCUCUCGAUAAGCACAAAAUAUUGUAUUUUAUUAUACAUAUAUGGAGAUAAUUCACAAGUUCCGCUGUCAAUGUAUCGGUCAAAAUUGUCAAUUCAAUAAAGCAUGAAAAUAUAUACGUUUUAAUUUAUAAAAAUAUUUUAAAUGUCAUUACUUGCUUUUGCCUUUUCCUCUUGUGACAUAUACAUAAGAAAUAUAUUUACAAUGUCAGAAAUGUAGAUAAUUAAGAAGGUUGACCUAUGGAUAUCCAUAUUUCCACAAAGGUAUUAGAUCCUGUGUAAGCAAAUGGUUAAGAAUUCCCUUGCUAUGCAAUAAUUAACCUUAUAUAUUAUCAGGAUGCACAUCUGAAGUACCAAAGAGAUUUAACUCUUUAUUUGGGAAAACUAGUGUUUAUGUGUCAUGUAUUCUAUUGUGUAUGUUUAUUUAUAGGCAAAAAUAUGAAGCAUCACUGUUUCAGAAAACAUUUUCUUUUCUUGCCACUGAUGUCUUCUGCUGUAAAUAAAUUUGAUUAUUUAAAAUUAAGUGUGCAAAAGAUGUACAUUUUGGUCGGGUAAAAAUGGUUAUGUGUGAUUUGGGUAGCAAAUUAUUUUUUUUAAUUUUUCAUUACAGUUUUGUUUAUUGUCACGUGUACUGAGGUACAGUAAAAAUAUUUUGUUGCGUGCUAUCCAGUCAGUGGAAAGACAAUACAUGAUUACAAUCAAGCCAUUUACAGUCUAUAGAUACAUGAUAAGGGAAUAACGUUUAGUGCAAGGUAAAGCCAGCAAAGUCCAAUCAAGGAUAGUCCGAGGUAUUUUAUUUGAAAUCCCAUCAUGGUUGCCCCAACAUUUGCUCUCUCAAGAGUCAAUGUGUUUAAUUGUCAUAUGUAUCAACAUCAGAACUAUGAAAUUCUUAUGUACAGCAGCUUAACAGGCCUGUAAACAUGAUCCACAUGUAUAAUGUACAAUAAACAAACGUCCGAUAAAUUAAUAACCCUAAUACUAGUGCAAAAAACCCCAAAGUCCUUCUUAGUGCAACUAAAGUCGGUCCAGUGUUCAUAGUUGUGGUUAGUCUUCUGUAGCGUUCAAGAGCCUGAUGGCUGUUGGAAAGAAGUUGUUCUUGAACCUGAUGGUCAUGUUUUUCAGACUCUUGUCCCUUCCGGAGAGAAGGCAGGUACGGGAUACUGAGUUGGAUGAUCAUAUUGAAUGGCGGUGCAGGCUCGAAGGGCCGAAUGGCCUACUCCUGCACCUAUUUUCUAUGUUUCUAUGUUUCUUCUGAUGGUAGCAGCAAGAUGAGAACAUGGCCAGGGUGGUGUGGAUCUCUGAUGAUAUUGGCUGACAUUUUGAGGCAGCGGCUCCUGUAGAUGCCUUCGAUGGUGGGGAGGUCAGUACCCUUCAGAUCAAAGGGAUCUACAGGACUGGGCAGUGUCCACCACCGUUUUUUUAAUCUCCUUCAUAGCUGGGUGUUGGAGUUGCCGAACCAGGCUCUGAAGCAACCAAUCAAUAUGUUCUCUACUUUACAUCUGUAGAGGUUCAAGAGUAUUUAUCUUGAGAUGUCAUCUGACCUGAUUCAAUAAGAAAAUAGCAAUUUUGAUAAACAUGUGGAAACGUGCAGGUCUGAAGGAAAAAGAAGAUGCAGACAUAUGGAUAGUGUAUAUACCUCUUUAUGACAACUAGCAUAGCAAUGAAAAGCAAAAUAGAAUUUACAUCACACAAUAGGCUAGGAUUUAAUUUUUAGUUUGAGAUACGCAGCAGAAACAGAACAUUCGGCCCUCCAAGUCCGCGCCCACCAGCGCCCCCUGUAUACCUGCACCAUCCCACACAUGAGGGACAAUUUACAAUCCUUACCAUAGCCAUUAACCUAUAAACCUGAAUGUCUUUGGAAUGUGGGAGAAAACCAGAACUACAGGAGGAAACCCACGUGGUCAUGGGGAGAACGUACAAACUUGUACAGAUAGCAACGGUAGUCUGGAUCGAAUCUGGGUCUCUGCUGCUGUAAAGCGGCAAGUCUACCGCUACAUCACCCUAUAUCACCCUAAUCACUCUAUAUCUGAUUAAUCUUGAUGUAUCUCCAUGGUCACUCCAUGGUAUUGCAUACAGCUUUGGUCUCCUAAUCUGAGGAAAGACAUUCUUGCCAUAGAGGGAGUACAGAGAAGGUUCACCAGACUGAUUCCUGGGAUGGCAGGACUUUCAUAUGAAGAAAGACUGGAUAGACUCGGCUUGUACACGUUAGAAUUUAGAAGAUUGAGGGGGGAUCUUAUAGAAACGUAGAAAAUUCUUAAGGGGUUGGACAGGCUAGAUGCAGGAAGAUUGUUCCCGAUGUUGGGGAAGUCCAGAACAAGGGGUCACAGUUUAAGGAUAAGGGGGAAAUCUUUUAGGACCGAGAUGAGGAAAACAUUUUUUACACAGAGAGUGGUGAAUCUCUGGAAUUCUCUGCCACAGAAGGUAGUUGAGGCCAGUUCAUUGGCUAUAUUUAAGAGGGAGUUAGAUGUGGCCCUUGUGGCUAAAGGGGUCAGGGGGUAUGGAGAGAAGGCAGGUACAGGAUACUGAGUUGGAUGAUCAGCCAUGAUCAUGUUGAAUGGCGGUGCAGGCUCAAAGGGCUGAAUGGCCUAC